AUGGAAAGCAGCAGAACAGAGAUCAGCGUCAGUAUCGGAGAAGUCCCAGCCCAGCCAGGCGUCCAAGCCUACAUCCACGUCGUUACUGGAGACAAUCUUGCAGCAAAAGCCAGAGAAACCAUCCAAGCCGAGAUCGGAACAGCCCCUGCAGACUUCAACUUUUACACCGCUGUGAACUGUUCAUCAGCCGAAGGUGCUGAAGAGCUGAAAAACCUUUUCACCAAAGUUUGGACAGGAAUUACAUCUGGAUCUGCUACAGAUGAAGUUUCCCAAAUGAUCAAAGGACUUGUUGAUCCUGAAGGAGAAGGUCCAAAACUUAACCACGAGUUCUCAGUCCACGGAACCAAACUUAUUGUCCGCGGAUUCCCAAGCGAAGAAAAAUUAGCUGAAGCCCAAGGCAUCCAAGAAAUGAUUCACAGCAUGGCUGGACACAUCUUCGGACAUGACCAAACUGUACACCUCGAAUUCGAUAUUGGCCACGAAAUCGGAGCUAUCCUUGCAAGCCAAAACAAAAUCAUUGACGCUUUGAACUCAUUGAGACUUAGCUUUGCUUUCCAUGGAGCAGGAUCUCUUUUCACUGAUUUGCAAAGCGUUGCUGAAGCAACUGGAGCAGGAAGAGGAAUUCUCCACAUCUUAUGCAGCCACAUAAUAAAUUUGGGUGUUAUUAGGAAUGUUAUAGGGAAAUUUAAGCUGUGUUAAGCUGAGUAAGAUUUGGUAGGAAUGAAGAAAAAGCACUAAAAAGUUUUUAUAUUGGGUUUAUAAAGAGAAGGGGAUUAUAUAGAUACAGUCUGGUAAAGCAUAGAUUAUUUGAAAAAUGCAAAAUCAGUAUAAAUAUGCAUAGGGUUACUCAGCUUAUACCAAAGCGCAAUCCUUAACUUGAAAUUCAGAACCUCAGCUGAAUUACCAGAUGCAGUCAAAGAGAGAGCUCUACAAAUUGCAGGACAAGCAAACCUUGCUGAAUUAAAGAACCAAGUGCCACCACCAGUAUUCUCAUUCCUUGGAAAACUCGCCGAACAUACCACUGGAGAUCUCCAUGUCUUCAUUGCAGCUGGCAGACUUGCUGGAGAAUUUAAACUUCACUCACCUGGACUUUUACGUGCUCUUACAGCUUAA